AUGGGGUUUUUAUUAGAGCAAUGUGCUCGGCUUGGCCAACUGCACCUUGUGUGCCAGUUUCACGAUCAAGCUGGCCAAUCCCAGAUUUCGCAAAUGUCACCACCAGCCAAACUGGAUCCGGGGGUCAACCUCUUCGAUGACGACGACCAAAAAAAUAUUUUUUGGGCUAGUAGCGACAUUGAACGUGAAGCUUUCACACCAGGUGCGGUUGGCCAAGCUGAGCCCAUUGCUCUAUUCAAAACCCCACGUUUCAUUGUAAAGUUUGGAGAUACAGGCACCUUUAUGUUUAGCUACGUGCUCGGCUUGGCCAACUGCACCUUGUGUGAAAGUUUCACGAUCAAGCUUGCCAAUCCCAGAAUUCGCAAUGUCGCCACCAGCCAAACUGGAUCUGAGGGUCGACCUCUUCGACGACGAUGA